AGAAAUGUAUAACUGUCUACGCAGAAUCAGGUAUCCUUAAUUUGAAAAAUAUUUCAGUUUUUUGACAUCUUUAAAAUUUAAUUUAUAAUUUAACAUGGUUGAAUAUGAAGAAUUGAUGGAAAGUAGCGUACAAAUCAAAACUGUAUCUAGAGUUUACGCUAAUGUUUUCGAAGGAAAACCAGCCUCUUUUUACGAUUAUGAUAAUUUUACGCCAAAAUUGGAAGACAUUAAUGAUUACAGUCUGAUAAGGCGAUUGGGUCAAGGCAAAUAUAGCGUAGCAUACGAAGGUAUGAACGAAGCAAAAAACGAAAAUGUAGUAAUUAAAAUAUUAAAGCCCGUUAGACGAAAAAAAAUUCAAAGGGAAAUAAAAAUUUUAGAUUACUUGAAAGGUGGCGUUAAUAUAAUUAAAUUAUUAGCUGUUGUAAGUAUUCCUAACACUGAUUUGAAUGGGCUCAUAUUCGAACAUAUGGAAAAUUGCCAGGAUUUCAAAAGUAUUUUUCUGAAAUUGAAUGAGGCAGAUACACGAUACUAUUUGUAUGAAGUACUCAAAGCCUUAGAUUUUUGUCAUAGUAAAGGAAUAAUGCAUAGGGAUGUGAAGCCUCAAAAUAUAAUAGUGGAUCAGAAGAAUAAAAAACUGAGACUCAUUGAUUGGGGCCUUGCUGAAUUUUAUCACCCAAAACAGGAUUAUAAUGUCAGAGUAGCUAGCAGAUAUUUCAAAGGGCCUGAAUUGCUUGUGGAUUACGGCUAUUACGAUUAUUCCUUGGAUAUUUGGUCAGUAGGAUGCAUGUUUGCCUCGAUGCUAUUUCGAAGAGAUCCAUUUUUCCAUGGUUAUGACAACUAUGAUCAGUUAUUACGAAUUGUGAGAGUAUUGGGGACCAGCGACCUCUUUGCAUAUUUAGAGAAGUACAAUAUUCCACUUGAUGGCGAAUUUAUUAAUGUAUUAGGACGCCACACCCGUAAGAAUUGGCAAAGAUUCGUCAGAACGGAAAAUGAAUAUCUCAUCACAGAAGUAGCUAUUUCUUUGUUAGAUUCAAUGCUGAAAUAUGAUCAUACCAAAAGGAUAACUGCUAAAGAAGCUUUGGAACAUCCAUAUUUCCAGCCUUUGAUACGGAAAGCGAAGCAUUCUUCUGUCACACCGAAUUUGAAUAAUUUAACUCUUAUUGUAAAGUCAGAAGCUGAAAAUUAAAAGCUAAAUUAUGAUUCGAUAUAUGUGUUCAAAAUAAUUGCGAUUAUAUUCUGCUGUUUUAUAUAUACUUUUAUACAUAGUUUGUUAAUCUGGAAUAAAGUUUGUCUCUUA